AUGGCUUCCUAUUCGUCCCACUACUACACAACAGGUGUGCCUAUCCCCACCAAGGGCGACCAAUACUCGGCCUAUUACCACAGUAGCGGCAGCGCCUACUCCGUAUCGCCGCCAGAGGACCAUGAUGCCUCUGUAACAUCAGGUACCGCGUCUUAUGGCAACAGCUACUCCGUUGGUGAUUCUACCUACGACGGAAGUUACAGCGGCGACUGGGACACAUCUGCCUCCGCAAGUGGCGUGGAUUUCAAUGACUAUAUUCACGAUCGUUUUGCUGAGUCUUUUGAUCCAAUCCCGCUUGACCGCAGUUUGGCCGUCCAAGCACAGACAUCUGGGCAACUCAACAACAAGCACAGACAGCUCCUCGAGCUACAGGCGAAGGCCCAAGCUCGUCUUGCCAAGUCGCGCGCGCGCUUCCAAGAAGGAGUUCAGGAUGCGCAAGAAGUCCGCGCCAAUCUCGAGUGGACGUCAAAGAAGGUUUCCUCUAUGAAGACCAAGGCCUCGAAGAAGCACUCCAAGGAGUACAAGAAGGCUCGCGAAAGGUACCCUUCGCCCGAGUACUAG